AUGGGGAAGAAACAAAACAAGAAAGUGGAGGAGGUGCUGGAAGAGGAGGGAGAGGGAUAUGUGGUGGAAAAAGUUCUUGACCGUGGAGUGGUAAAGGGCAAAGUGGAGUACCUCCUAAAGUGGAAGGGGUUCUCAGAUGAGGAUAACACGCGGGAGCCAGAAGAGAACCUGGAUUGCCCUGAUCUGAUUGCCAAGUUUCCACAGUCACAGAAAACAGCACAUGAGACAGAUAAAUCAGAGGGAGGCAAACGCAAAGCUGACUCUGAUUCUGAAGAUAAGGGAGAAGAGAGCAAACCAAAGAAGAAGAAAGAAGAGUCAGAAAAGCCACGAGUCUUUGCCCGGGGUUUGGAGCCAGAGCAGAUUAUUGGAGCUACAGACUCCAGUGGAGAACUCAUGUUCCUGAUGAAGUGGAAGAAUUCUGAUGAGACUGACCUGGUCCCUGCCAAGGACGCCAAUGUCAAGUGCCCACAGGUGGUCAUAUCCUUCUAUGCGGAAAGGCUGACGUGGCAUUCUUACCCCUCGGAGGAUGAUGACAAAAAAGAUGACAAGAAUUAACUCCCCUGAGUACCUGCCCCUGUCACAUCUGACUGUGGGUUUCGAGUGGGGAG